AUGCCACCAGCUUCCAAUGAUGAAAGUUUCGUUUCCAUCCCACAACCAGUGAUUAAUUGGCUAUUUGGAGUCAUUCAACCAAUCUAUCAUGAUAAGAAGACAACAUUCCACGAUUCUGUAGUUGUACUUAGCUAUUACAAACAACUGAGGCCUAGGACAAGAGUUUAUACUGAUUCCAACGGUAUAUCCGAAUUACUCCUAUGCAUAUAUGGUAAACCUGAGAUUGGAUCCCCAGUACCUUUACUCAUAUGGAUCCCCAAGUCUUAUCCUUUGGAGCAUCCAAUAGUGUAUAUUGAUUUGGAAUCUUUGAAGGAUGCUAAAGUUUCACCGGGUGAACAUGUUGACCCCAAUGGAUUGAUAACUUUACCUAUAUUUGGAAAAUGGAAUGCCGAUACCUGCAAUCUUUUACACGUAGUGCAGGAGUGUAUUAAGAUAUGUCGUUAUGACCAUGUAAUUGAUCCGGUGGCUCCUGGUGAUUCAAACACAUAUUUAACAUUACCACCAAAACUGCCACCUAAUCCAGUAGAAGAAAUCCCUAAACCACCAUUACCCAAGAAGACAGGUUUCCUUCAUUCGACUUCUAAUGAUAAUAUUCUACCGUCAAAUAUCCCAUCAAAAGCUACACCGGAACCUAGACUUGCAGAAGUCCCCCCUGUAUUGCCCAAGAAACCUCAGCCAGCACAUUCAUUGGAUCUGUUAGACUCUGUUGCUACUGAAAAUGCUGAUAACACUCACAAAGCAGUUUUAGGUGAUUUGCAGCAUGCAUUAAACCAAAUGAGUGAAGCAGACUUAGCUUAUAUUAAUGAAAAUCUACAGAAUCGUAAAUUAUCCAUAGCAUCAGCACAGCGGCAGUUUGAAUCCAUGUACAGAUACGAAACUGACUCGUUGAAAAAUAUUAGAGAAUCUAUUGAACUAACUAAGGCAUCAUUACAAGGUGAAAUUAGUUUGAUUAAAAGGCAUUUUGAUAAAAUAGAAUUAUAUGAGAAAGAAAAUGGUGAAGAAAUUGAUCCGUCCUCUUUAGUGACAGCACAAAAUCCUGCUUUGAAUCAGUUGUACGAAUCAGUGGCAAGGGAUUAUGCUCUUUCGGAUACAAUGCAUGUUUUGGCAAGAUUACUCAAUCGUGACGCCGUUAAUUUGGAUGUAUUUGUUAAAAAGACAAGACAAUUGGGAAGAGAACAAUUCUUUACCAGGAUGCACAUUCAAAACAUAAUUGAAAGAUUAAGGCAAUGA